AUGGUAGAUGGAAAGGUCUGCAAUUCUAUGACUAAUACAUCGAGUCAAAAAUGUUUCAUUUGUGGAUCAUCUCCAAAAGAAAUGAAUAAUAUUAAAAAUGUAAUUUCGUUUAAUGUCAACCACGAGUCUUUAAGAUUUGGAUUGUCCACACUACAUGCGUGGAUACGAUUUUUUGAGUGCUUGCUGCAUGUUUCGUAUCGAUUAGAAAUAAAAAAAUGGGCGGUAAGAUUAGCAGUUCACAAACUUCAAUUUAGCAAAAAAAAAAAAUAUGUUCAAGACAGAUUUCGUGCAGAAUUAGGUCUAUUAGUCGAUGUAGUUUUGCAAGGAAAAGGGAACACGAACGAUGGUAAUACUGCUAGAAGAUUUUUCUCUAAUCCAGAAAUAAGUAGUGAAAUAACGGGUAUUAAUUUAAAUUUAAUCAGACGUUUUAAAAAUAUAUUGACUGCAAUUUCAUGUGGACAUGAAAUAAAUGCAGAGGCAUUUAAUUCAUACGCAUUGGACACUGCAAAUUUAUUUGUUGAUCUUUACCCGUGGUACUACAUGCCUGCAAGCGUCCACAAAAUUUUAAUACAUGGUGCUGAUGUAAUACGAUUUGCGAUUCUUCCAAUUGGUAAACUUUCUGAAGAUGCGCAAGAAUCAAGAAACAAAGAUUACAAAACAAUUAGGGAACACCAUACUAGAAAAGAUACUAGACAACACACCAAUGAGGAUUUAUUAAAUAUGCUACUGGUUUCAUCCGACCAAUACAUUUCCUCGAUUAGAAUUAUACCAAAUAAGACUAACCAAGACAUCUCAGACGAAGUUAGAUCGCUAUUAUUAAUAAAUGAUAGUUUAGACAACAUAGAAAGUGACUUGAAUGAUUCAUUUUCAGAAAUGGACAUCUAA